AUGACUCAACACCAUACGGCACAUAUCGAUGACGAUGAAGGGCUUUUCCAACCGGUUAGAGAGUUUUCCAAAUCUUUAGAUGCUAGUCCGAAGUAUAUCAGAUCAUCUCCAUAUCACGAACAGGAACAUCUCCUUCAGUUGGAUACUCUUGAUCUAGGAUAUAAAGCUCUUGCGCUUGCUUUACAAUCAUUUGUCCCGGUAAAUGGGAACAAAGACUACCAAUACGAAGAGUAUGAAAAGGCUUUCCCGGUGAAGGAAACGGUGGAAAGAGCACAAGAAUACGCAAAGAUUUUAGGCGAAGAAAGUGUUCCAGAAUUAAAAGUAUAUGUAAUUGCAUUUAGAUCAAUUUUACAUAUUGACGUACAAGAAUCGGUAGAAAAGAGACAAAAGCUUGCUGAUAUCGAUAAGGGAUCGCACACAGAGGCUAACAUUUCUGGUGGUCUUCUCAAGUACUGGUUCGGUACCCCAGACGAUGAAAAUGCAAAAAAUUUGGCUACAUGCUGGUGGACCGACCGUCAAGCAGCUGUGGUUGGAGGAGGAGGGAAAACUCACCGACAAGGUAUGGCCUUAGUGAAAGGAUGGUUCAAACAUUGGCAAGUGGAGGAGUACGAAUUACACAUACUCCCCAAUGGUGAAGGGUACUCAUUUGGGCCUGUAGCCAAGAGAUAG